GACACUGACAAUGACAAUGACAGCUAUGCUAGGUCAAGCGAAAGUGAGCGCGGCUUUUCGUAAAACAUCCCUUUGAAUUUCAAUUUAUUUUAUUUUGCUUAAAUAAUGAGUUAAUGCCCAAUUGAUAAAUUUACUAUUCGAGUUACAAUGUUUUACCACAUAUCGUUAGAACAUGAGAUUUUGCUACAUCCUCGAUACUUUGGGCCCCAGUUGCUAGACACAGUUAAGCAAAAGUUAUACACAGAGGUUGAAGGCACAUGUACAGGGAAGUAUGGUUUUGUAAUAGCAGUGACAACAAUAGACAGCAUUGGUGCGGGCCUCAUACAACCCGGGCAAGGCUUUGUGGUGUACCCUGUCAAAUAUAAAGCUAUAGUGUUCAGGCCCUUCAAAGGAGAAGUGCUUGAUGCUAUUGUUACACAAGUUAAUAAGGUUGGAAUGUUUGCCCAAAUAGGCCCACUUAGCUGUUUCAUUUCACAUCAUUCAAUUCCGGCAGAUAUGGAGUUUUGUCCCAAUGUAAAUCCCCCGUGCUACAAGAGUAAACAGGAAGACAAUGUCAUACAGGAAGAGGAUGUGAUCAGAUUGAAGAUUGUGGGCACGAGAGUGGAUGCCACUGGCAUUUUUGCAAUUGGAACAUUGAUGGACGAUUAUUUAGGAUUAGUGACACAAUAAGUGUAAUAAUUUAACUUAUUUUAAGACAAAUAUAAAAUGAAACACA